AGAAGCUGAAGAUGCCAGUGAAGACAAUAAAAAAGGGCCGCUGACAACCUGCAGCCAUCUCAUUCACACCAUCCAGUAAAUAAAACAUUGUCAUUCAUCCCACCAUGGCUGAGAAUUUCGCAAGCAAGCAGGCCGAGGCCGUGCUCGGUCAUGGCGAUCAAGACAGGGCCACGCAUACAGAUAUCUCCAACCCGGACCGCGAAGGCGGCCGCUAUGCCGACGAGAGCGGCGAAAAGAUGAAAGCGCUGGCCUGGAUGGGCAAGAACGAUGUGCGAGUUGUCGAGACCAGCAAGCCCAAAAUCGUCGACGACCAUGACGCGAUUGUGAAGGUGACCGGGACGACGGUGUGUGGCAGUGACGUCCACCUCAUGCACGGCGUCAUCUUGCAGAUCGAGAAGGGCGACAUCCUGGGCCACGAGUUCUGCGGCGUGGUCGAGGCCGUCGGUCCGGCCGUGAAGAACCUCAAGCCUGGAGAGAGGGUUGUCAACAGCUUUGUCGUGUCGUGUGGCGAGUGCAAGUACUGCAAGCAGAAGCUCACGACGGCCUGCGAGAAGACCAACGCGUCUAGGCUGCACGAGCAGCUGUACGGCUCUCGUAUGGGCGGCAUCUUUGGCUACUCCCAUUUCACGGGCGGCUAUGCCGGUGGGCAGGCCGAGUACGUAAGGGUGCCCCUGGCGGAUAACAACCUGAUGAAGCUGCCGCACUCGAUCCCGGAUGAAAAAGGCCUCUAUCUUGCCGACGUCCUACCGACUUCAUACCACAGCGUCAGCUACACCGGAGUCAAUAAGGACGACACCGUUGCCAUCUGGGGCCUCGGCCCGAUCGGUAUGAUGGCCUGCUUCUGGGCCUUCCUGAAGGGCGCCAAGCGGGUGAUUGGCAUUGACAACAACUGGCGCACCGACUACGCCAAGUCCAAGAUCGACCGGCUGGAGACCAUCAACUACACGACGCUGGGGGAGGGUGAGACGGUGCCCAGGAAGAUCCACGAGAUGGUGCCGGGAGGAGUCGACGUCAGCAUCGACGCCACGGGCGGGGAGUAUGCCAAGGGGUUCAUGCACAAGCUAGAGCUGAAGAUCGGCGCCGAACAAGACACCAGCGAGAUGAUCAACGAGUGCCUUAUGUCGACGAGGAAAUUUGGCACCGUGGGCAUCAUCGGUGACUACGUGGGAUUCACCAACCAUUUCAAUGUCGGCUCGCUGAUGGAGCGAGGCAUCAAGCUGAUCGGCUGCGGCCAGUCUCCCGUGCACAAGUACUGGCAGGAGCUCCUUGAGAUGGUCGAGCACGGCACCGUCGACCCGACCAUCAUGCUCACGCAUCGCUUCCAGCUCGACGAUAUCGCCAAGGCUUACCACCUGCAGGAGAAGAGGGAAUCGGGCCUUGUGAAGUGCUUCGUCGAGACACGCUUCUCGCCGCGCCGGACAGAGGGCACGCCGGAGUUGACACGCCUGUGAUAAGGGCAAGGCUUGUGCCUUUUGCUAGUUGCUGGCCGUGCCUGCCAGCCACGGCCAAAGCUAGUGCUUUUUCUCAACGGAGAGGUUGGGGUUGAGGACCAGGACUUGACUUGUCGGAUCUACGGACACACUGUGUAUGACAAUUCUCGCUUCACCAACAGAUCUCCAAUCCCAUC